CCAAAGUGCUAAUUCUCUCACCAAAAAAUUUCCAAAUAUAUAUCUCUCCCUCAAAGUUCAAAACUUUUGAGCUAAAGAUUCAUCCAUCAAUCAAGAUCUUAAUGGGUUUUUAGUCUUACUUGAUUCUUGACAAAACCCAUCAGGGAUUUAUCAUAUCUACCCAGAAAUGAGCAAAUCAGCUUAUCCGUGUAAUUUCUAAUCUGCUUGCUAUCAAUGGAGAUUGAUCUAUUCGUAGAAGACUGUACUGAACCAGGCGAAUUCGUGAAUUUUUCAAUUCGGCACUGUUUUGUUUCUGAACACAGUGAGUAUGUUUCUGAAAUGCGGAAUAAAGAUCCAAUGAAAUGUUGGCCCUUUCAAUCGUUGGCUGAUCCUAAUGACCACAAACUUUUCUUACCAAAUCAAAAUUCAGAGUCUACCUCUUUGUCUACUCAAUUCUUUCCCGAAAAGAUUUGCGAUUCAGAUGAUACGCCAGAACAUAAUGAGGCUGCUAAUUCCCCAGAAGUUGACAUUUUAAGUGGAAAGGAGGAUCAACCACUGGCUGCAAUUGAUAUGAUUAGGUCUCUUCAAAGCGAUAAUAAGGUGGGGAUAGAUAUAUAUGAUGAGUCAUCAGGUCAGACUUGUAGCACGGUGACUAAUAGCAGACAUAAAAAUAGUGUCGACGAAGAUGCUAAAUUUGGGAGUAGUGUGGCUUCUGAUAACAUUGGACUAGAAUCAAGAAGGAAACCUCGAAGAUAUAGGUUGUUGUCAGAUAUAUAUAGGGACCCUGCAAGCAAAAUGGGUCCACGAUGUGACAUUACAAAUCAUAUCAACGUAAAUCACAAAUUCGUUGCAGAAACUGAAGAUGAGAUGGAUAAUGAUGUCACCUUGUAUGAGCUUGUCAGAAAACAAAAGGGUGUCCAAGUUACUGAUCCAACAGUAAAAAAGAAGAGGAGAAGGGUCAGGGUUGAGGAACCAAGAGUCGAUCAGGGAAAAAAGUUAAAGCGUAAAUUCAGAGACACCUCAGUAAGUGAUUUGGAAAUUGGUCCUGAAAGUCACGUAAGUAAAAAGACUAUAAUUGAUGACACGGAAUCAAAAACCAUGGCAAAGAGCAGUACGGUUAAAGCAUUGACCCAAACUACAAUCAUACCAAAGAAUGAGGGUGAUACAUCAUGCCUAGGAAGUAAGGAGAAUGCCUUCCUGAAGCAGAAGGAUGGUCACUUACCCUGCCCUCAGAAAGCUAACAUAAGGGAGACUACAGAAUCCCCAAAUGAGGAUUUUGAAAUGGAAGCUGUGAUGCUCUUGGCUUACCACUUUAAAAAGGAGAAUUCUUCAGCCAAUGGUCAGGUCUUACAUGAGAUUGAGACAAACACAACUUGUGCCCGUGUUCACAAAAACAUCCAAGAACAUUCAACUCCAUCAGUUAAAAAAUCCAUCAUGAAAACAUCAUCAGUGCUCUCUGCUGACAAACAGAAGACGUUUAUUAAAGAAAAGCUAGAAGAUGUGUUUUGUUCGGUUCAGAUGAAGGAUCACUCCAAAGGUACCACUGCUAGCGUUCUUCAAGCUCACAUAGAAACCUGCAUGAUGAAGGCUGCUGCAAUAGCUCGAGAUGCACAAAACUGUUCGGUUCUUCUAUGCUCCGUUAAUAGAAAUCCAGCUGAUUUCAGCAUCCCGAAUGCUAGAAAUAAGUUUAUGAGAGGUUGCAAGUAGGUUAAACUGUAGAUAGUUUUUUACAAAUGUUCCAAUCAAUUAAACGGCUAUCUGCAAAUGGUUUUCUUGGUUUGCAAUUUAGGACCAUCGUGGUACUUUCUUCAUAGUAAAGUCUAAAGAACAAAAGAACCAUAAAUUUUAGGACCGGGUAUUCCGGGUAAGCAUCUGAUGAAACAGAAGAACCAAUAUAUUUGUGAAAACAUAGACAAAUCAUGGUGUUGAGUCCAAGAUUGUCAUAUAUGAUUAGUUUAAAUAAGAAAAUUUCUCUCACGUA